CUCAAAAAAAUAAAAAUAAAAAUGCAGGAGGUAUGGAAAUUUGAUGUCAGCCGCAUCGCUGCUGUUCUGCUGCGGUACCCCAAGGAAGGACCAGCGCAGUCGCAGCCAUCGUCAUCGUCAUCGUCGUCGGCAUCUAGAAGUUUAUCCUGAACCUACCUACAUCCUCCUCCUCCUCCCCAGCCAGUUUUGGAGGUAGUUGUGAUUGAUUAUGGUGGCAAGUUUUAUUGUUAUAAAGAAUGUAAUCCGGCAUUGCAAGACCAUCCACCAGGUCCACCAGGUCCACGCCCACGCCGUCACCUCCGGUUCUCUCUCUCUCCACCCCUCCCUCUUCCUCUCCUCCAUUCUCCACGCUUUCACUACCCUUCUCGCCGCCGCCGCCGCCAACCCCAACACUUCUCACCCUCCACCCUCACUCUUACUUAGCUAUGCGCUUUCUGUUUUCAACCUCAUCCCCAACCCCUCCUCCUUCUCCUACAACACCAUCAUCCGGGCUCACACCUCCCUCCUCCUCAGCCCCUUCUCCGCCCUCGCUUUCUUUUCCCGGAUGCGCCGCCUCUCCGUCCCUCCCGACUCCCACACCUUCCCUUUCGCUCUCAAGGCUUCCGCCCAUCUCCGCUCCCUUCCCCUUGCCCAAGCCCUCCACUCCCAAGCUCUCAAGUUUGGAUUCUGCGCCGACUUGUUCCUCCGAAACUCCCUCAUCUAUUCCUACUCCGUUUCUGGCUCACUAAUGGAAGCACGCCGCGUGUUCCAUGACGGUUACCCCAGGGACGUCGACCUCGUCUCCUACAACACUUUGAUUAAUGCCCUUGUGAAGGCCCGUGAGACCGGGGCUGCACGCCAGCUGUUUGAUGCAAUGCCUGUUAGAGACGCCCUGUCGUGGGGCACCCUUCUAUCCGGCUACGCCCAGAACAACCAGUGUCGGGAAGCCCUCCAAAUCUUCAAUCAAAUGCUCACUUCUACAUAUGUUCGUCCCGACAAUGUAGCUCUGGUUUCUGCCUUGUCUGCCUGCGCUCAGCUGGGAGAGUUACAGCAGGGCAAGACCAUCCACGAUUUCAUCAAAAGAAACAGUACCCAUAUUGAUUCAUUCUUGUGCACUGCCUUGGUGGAUCUCUAUGCCAAGUGUGGGAGCAUUGAUACUGCAAAGGAGAUCUUUGAGUCAACCCCGGACAGGAACUUGUUCACGUGGAAUGCCCUACUUGUUGGGCUUGCAUUGCAUGGGCAUGGCCGGCUUUUACUGGAUUAUUUCUCCCGGAUGAUCAAGGCCAGAGUUGGUCCCGACGGGGUCACGUUCUUAGGAGUCUUGAUUGGUUGCAGUCACGCAGGUCUAGUUUGUGAAGCCCGACGGAUUUUUGAUGAGAUGGAAGCAGUGUAUGGCGUUCCUCGUGAGCUGAAGCAUUAUGGUUGCAUGGCUGAUUUGCUAGGACGGGCUGGUUUGAUUGAAGUGGCAGUGGAAAUGAUAGAGGGUAUGCCAAUGAAGGGUGACCUGUUUGUGUGGGGUGGCUUGCUAGGUGGAUGUCGAAUACAUGGAAAUGUUGAGAUUGCAGAGAAAGUAGCAGAGCAUGUGAUGGCGAUGAACCCAGAAGAUGGAGGGGUUUACUCGGUCAUGGCGAAUGUUUAUGCCAAUGCAGAACGAUGGGAUGAUGUUUUAAGGAUGAGGAGAUGGUUGGGAGCAAGAAGGGGGGUAAAGAAGAACACAGGGGGUAGUUUGAUUCGAUUGAAUGGAAUUGCCCAUGAGUUUGUUGCGGGGGAUGGCUCGCAUCCCGAAACUGGAGCCCAGAUAGGAGGGCGGGAAAAGCCCCGCUGAGCUAAAGCUGUUGUCUGCCCUUUUUGAAGGGUAAGUUUUAGUAGGGACAUAUAAAUUUUUGUGGCAAAUGUCUCUAGAUUUUGUUAUUUUGGGAUGUAUAUAUUGGGAUACAGUGGAUGUACUGACUCUGGUAUUUGUAGUAAUAUGAUGAAUGUUUUGUAUUUACAAUAUUGUGAUUA